AGAUGUGAAGUGACAGGUUGAGACACAUGGUUUCCAGAGCAUCGCGUCGCGUCGGCCAGGAGUUCGCCUCAGCCUGCCAAGCCGAGCUCGCUCAACUGACCUCAAAACAGCAUGGCACCUUUGAAGAUGAGGGCUGCCAUCUCCCUGCUGAUGCUGCUGUUCUGCGUGUGCAGUGGCGCUGCUCCGGCCUCCACCCAGCCGGACAUCUCCACCGAGCCGCAGGAGCUGCUCAGAGACAUGGUAGUGGAGCUGAGGGGGGCACUGAAGUCAAUGGAGGCCAGACAAGCUGCUAGUGAAGCUAAGGCAGAGACUCCCAAAGUGGCCUUCUUCGCAGGGCUACCCUAUGGUUACACACACGCCCAUAGCCAGGGUUGGUUGUACUUGGUUUGGAGUCAAGUCACGGUUAACGUCGGCAACGCCUACGACAGCACGACGGGCUACUUCAAAGCUCCAGUGAGGGGAGUCUACGUCUUUAGGUUCGACAUCACGAAUCGGGAGGGGGGCAGUGUGCAGCUCCACGUGUUUAAGAACAAUGCUGAGCGAGUUAUGCUGAGGGAAAGCUAUGAUAACGGCGGCGUAGCCUAUGUCUCUGGUGGUCUAACGCUGUUGCUAGAGGUGGGAGAUACGAUUAUGGGUCAGAUUCCUCCAGGUAGCCGUCUGUACAAUGACCCUCAUAACCACAGCACCUUCAGUGGCUCCCUGCUCUUCACUGUCUGAAUGGUCACUAUUCAUUUAGGUGGACAUGCAGUUUGAUGUGAAAUUAUGGAAGUGGAUGUUGUAAAUCAUUUUCAUGAUCAA